CGGAGCCGGGGCCGGGCGGAGCGGGCCGGGCAGGGGCGGUCCCGGCGCGGCCGGCGGCGGGCGCUGCGCUGCGCUGCGCAGAGCCGGCUGCCCUCGGCCGCAGCGCCCCGCCAUGCCCGGAGUGGCCGCGCUGGGCGCCGGCCCCGACCCCGAGGAGAGCUACGACUUCCUCUUCAAGCUGGUGCUGAUCGGCGACGCCAGCGUGGGCAAGACCUGCCUGGUGCAGCGCUUCAAGACCGGGGCCUUCUCCGAGCGCCAGGGCAGCACCAUCGGCGUGGACUUCACCAUGAAGAGCCUGGAAAUCCAGGGCAAGCGGGUGAAGCUGCAGAUCUGGGACACGGCGGGCCAGGAGCGCUUCAGGACCAUCACGCAGAGCUACUACCGCAGCGCCAACGGCGCCAUCCUGGCCUACGACAUCAGCAAGAGGGGCUCCUUCCUGUCCAUCCCUCGCUGGAUCGAGGAUGUCAGGAAGUACGCUGGCUCCAACAUCGUGCAGUUACUGAUUGGAAACAAAUCUGACCUAAGUGACCUUAGAGAGGUUCAGCUGGAAGAAGCUCAGAGCCUGGCUGAACACUAUGACAACAUCAUCUGUGCCAUAGAGACCUCGGCGAAGGACUCCAGCAACGUGGAGGAGGCCUUUGUGAAGAUGGCCACAGAGCUGAUGAUGAGGCAUGGAGGGCCCAUGUUCAGUGAGAAGAACACUGACAGCAUCAAGCUUGACAGCAAAGACGUUGUGGAAGGCUGGGGGUGUGGUUGCUGAUAAGAGCUAGCUGAUAUCCCUAACUUUACUGGAAUUUAGAUGGUGCUUCACCCUAAUGCUGAGUAGCAUGGUAGCCAUAUUCUCCUCCUCCUCCUCCUCCUGUGAAACCAGCAAUUUUGUAGAAGUUAGACACAAUCCUGUUUGCUUUGGUGUCUUAUUUUUAAAAAGGGACUUGGAGAGGUGGUCCUAAAAGUCAAGCCCUCUGAAAAACUUACUCAGCUUUUGUCCCCACGGUUUUAUUUCCUUUAUGUAACCUUCAUACGAGUUACAAAAACGGAGGAAACUACUUUGAACUUGGUAUUUUGGGGUGGGAAGACAUUUGGUUGGGGAAGAGACUGAUGCAAACCCAAAGGUCUGAGCAUUUAGCAUGGCACUGGUGGCAAAGGAGGUCACUUUUGGAAUAGGCAAUCUUGACGGUAUCUCUUCAAAUGCUCAGCACUCCACCAGUGACCAGGAAGUGUCAGUGUCUUUGAUGGUGGUAUUUCCAAGAUAUGGAUUACAGGACCAAAUAGCAGUCACCUGCCCUAGGGCAUAUGGAUUGCUAGUUGCUGUUGGAGCAGGCCCAGGUGGGGGAGCUUCUCUCAGGUUUUGUUACCAUUUGAAGUUUUAACAGAAAGCAAAACCAGCCUGAGCACUGUCACUGGACCAGGGUGGUGAUUUAAAGCAGCCUUGAGGAGAGGGAAGGUGCAUUUCAUUUGCCUGUUGUUUGCACAGUGAUAGCUCCUUCUUCCAGGUGGAAGCAUCGCUGAGAUUUUGCCCUCAGGUCUCAUCAUUUCAUUCCACAAUUCAAGCCCUGCACCUCUGGAAACAGGAACUGGAGAAACCUUGAACUGACUGUAGCCAAGAUCUCUUGCCAUGUGCCUAAUGGUCGAAUACAGGGUUUGUUCUGGUCAGGCAUUUGGUGUUGCAUUACCAGAGUGUGUAAGUGGCAUAAGUGGAUUUAAUUUUAAUUGGUUUUGUUUUUUAAACCAUCUCUUUAAAUACUGCAUGGGCAUAUAAUAGGAAAGAAGACCUCAGAAUAGCUGAGAACUGCAUGAUUGCAGCUUCUUGGUUGUGAGACCAGUGUCUUUUUGAGUGAUUCCCUCUCAGCUUCGUACCCAAAGGUUCCCCUCUCCCUAUCACAAGUUACCAGUUGCUUUUCAUUUCUUUAAAACACUCAGCAGGAAAAGUCUUUCAUAAUGGAUCAGAAGUCUACAUAAAGUAAAAUAGAUUUCAUAGUGCAGCUCUCUCAGAUGCAGCUCUGUAGAGUCCCUUGUAGAUGCAGCUGAGGUACUGAUGGAUUCCUCUGCAGUUACACUCUCAGGCACCUUACAAAAGUGGAUUUGCAAAGAGAGCAGGAGCAGCAAUAUUUUAAACUCUGCAGAUAAAGAAGAGGUGUUCAGGUAUGGCAAGUGAAUUUUGAAAUCCUGAUAAUUGGAAGGAGUCACUUUCAAGAAGCACCCUUUGAAGGGAAUGUCUUGUCUCUUUGAAAAUCCGGGUCAAAAAGGACUUGAAUUGUUCUGCUGCGAGGGCUGCACCAGUUCAGUCAUCCAACAUAUCCAGUGUCAUGAAAAUUAGGAAGAUUUAGGAAAGGGCUAAUGGGUACCAGUUUUAAUCCUAUUCAUCUUCCUGUAGCAAAUAUUGAACCAAUCUCUGCUCUUUCUGGUUUUUUAAACUGUGAGGUAGAUAACUGAGGAGUAACGUGUGCUUUGUAGCCUGUUUGCUUCUACCUAAGGGGUUAGUUUUCAAAUUUUAUAGUUGUGAGAAUGAAAAGGCCUUAAAUUUUUCAACUAGUAUAGUUUUCACAGUUCUGGUAUUUUCUGCAGAAGGGCAGGCUGAGCUGCAGUACUUGGUAGUGGUUUUGGACGGUUUUCCAGGAUAUUCCUACUUCCAAAGACAGUUGGCAAUAAAUGCCCAGUUAGACAGUUGGGAAUUUGAAAUUGGGAAUGGGAAUGAAGAUGGGAAUUUUCCAAACCCUGGAGUUGUUGGUGUAUUCCCUAUGUUCUGCUCUGAGGAGAAACUGUGAAGACAGUCCAAGCUAAAACUGAGUGCUGGUGGCUGCUUUUCCUGCUGGUGAGGUCCUUCAGGUGCAGAAUAUUUGCAGACAUUUGACUUUCUGUCAUGACCCCUUGCAGUUUGUACCUGUAGGUCAUGGUCCUGCAGUUCUGCUGGAGCAGGGACCCCCAGAUGAGCUCAGCCCCCACUGCCUGCAGCAUUAGUGCCAAAUUACUGACUGCUGAGAAAAACCCAUAUGCAUUUAAGAACAGUAUUGCUACUUCUCAGACUGAAAUCCAUAGUUUACAUAGCAACUCAUCUUAAAACUGGAACAAGAAGCAAAAUGAACACAAAUCUUGCUUCCAGUGCAGCCAGUGAGUGAUUGUGUUUUUACAGUAGAUGAAGAACUGACGAAUUAUUGAUCGAUUUUCUUCAUUUUGAGGUUUGUUUAGUGAUUAGACCAGGCACUACACUUUUCAUUACAAUUUGCCUGGAUUUAGCUCUUAAACUAGGCUUGGAGGGUGAGGCUCUGUCUGCAGGUCAGUCUAGUUCAGUCAGAAAAUGUGCAAUACAGCAGCAGUGAUUUGUUUGCUGUACUUUAAAUGAAGGCACCAAUUCCAAUUAGUUUUCAGUUUUCUGCAGAAAACUAAAACCACGGCUUUAAAUCAGUUUUGUCUUUUAACUCUUGGCUCUUCUGUGUUGUAACAAGUGGAGUACAAGUUUGCAUGCCUCCUAACUGAACAAAAGAAAUAGAAGAAGACCUGGUUUUUUUUUGGUUUUUUUUUUUCAGAAGAAACCUGAAGGCCUGGUUAAUUUUUUUAGGUUAGCAGCUGGUUGUGCUUGGGCUGUCAGUAGUUAAAGUUUAUUUUGAUUACCAAACCCUUCCUUUGUUCACUGCCCACUAGGCUGGGAGCUCCUUGACCAGAAAUAAACAGUAAAUGUGGAGCUCUUCACUGCUCUGCUGAAGGCUUUAUCAAACCUGGGACUCUCACACACCUAUGGAAUUCGGGCUUUAGGAAUUAGGUUGGUUUAACUCCAUUAAUCCUAUUGAAACCAAAAGGCUGCCUGGGUGGAGAGAGUGAGGAGCAAUAAACCUGUGAUUUACGGGUAAAAACCUGAGUUUCACCUCUCAGGGUAUAAAUGGGCACUGAUGUACAUCCAGUGAAUAAUUCAGUAGUGCUCGUUCAGAGUUCACAGCAUAAACAUUUGCCAAGAAAUCCGUUUACUGCCAGUUGAACAUUAACAAGGCUAUGGUGCAGUAAUUGCUUUUAAGCAGAUCCCCUUGGCUGAUCAUGUAUCUGCAUUAGUAGUUAUCAUUUCUUUCUGGCAGUACCAGAGUGUGCAGAAAUAUUACAAAAGCACAGGAGGGGACAUUGAUCUCUGCCUUGUAGCACUUGGGAGUGGAAUGCAGAGGCAGAUACUGAAAUGAAAUCAUCAGCAGAAUGUGGUUCCCAGGAGCCUUUGUUACCCUUCGUAUUGAUUUUAAGCUAAUUUUAUCUCCAGUUUCUCAUCCAGUUCAUCAUCAUGGAUGGAACCCCUACAAAUGUUUAUAAUUACGUAAAUAUAAAACCAAAUAAAUGUCGGCCCAGAAACCUGCUAAUGUUUGCUUUGCAAAACAAAAUUUGAGAAAAAUGAGAAUACUUAAGAGCAGAGGGAAAGUCCGGGUGAUUUUCUUACUCUCACUGUACUGGCAAGCAGGUAUUUCAGGGGGAAAAAUCCAAAUGAAGCCCAGCUAAAACCACUAAUAGCUCUCCUGUUAGCUAAUACUGGUGGAUUUUCAAGAACUCCACCAAAAGUGGAGCUCUUGCUCCUUUUGGGUGCCUGGAUUGUCAUAUGGGAAAGCAAGGGUUUGGGAGAUUGUCCUUUGGACAUGGCAUGCAAACUUGUCCUGAAAACUUGAAGACAUUUUUUAAAAGUGAGCCAGGAGCUGAAUUUACACAGGCAGGAAAGCUGCAGACAGAUCCCUCCCAAUGUCUUCAAAAGCAUCUCGGUACCUUUGCAAAUAAAGCACAAAACUUGUGUGGAAGUGGUUUUGCACUAAAGGGAAAUAAUUAUCAGAGAAAAAGAAAUCAUUAAUGUGAAAGGCAGAGCAUCUUGAUUAUUCUGCAUUUUUCAUGUUCAUUUCCUAGUUCAAUGCUGUGCAUAAAUAAGAUUUUUCCCCUUUAUAAAUGAUAUUAAAAUAGAUAAAGUGUGAAAAGUAGUUUGAUACUUGACAAAAUAAAUGCUUUCUUAGGAGAGUGAUAAUAUUGAUGAGGAGAAUAACUUUGCUGAUAGGGUUUGGUGGUGCAGGGUCAGGGAUUCCCCACAGAGUUGUGGUGGAAUGAUGUGAGACACAAAAACCGUUCCCAAGCAGGGGAAGCCAGGGGGGACACCAGACUCUGUCCUGCCUGCCAGACAGAAAAGAGAUAGAUACAGGCUGGUACUGAGCAGAAGGUGAAUUUAGUUCUUUGUAACUGUUUUUAAAGAUUUCUGUUUCAGAUUUCUGAUAGGCAGAUGUGCUCUGUGCUGUCAGCCAGAUUUUCCCUCUCCUGUGCCUCACUCGCUGAGAUCUGACAGGUAAAAACCCCACAACUCCAGCAAAGGGAGCAUCCCAGCCAGUCUGGCUCACACACACCUCUGGGGGGGAAGGAAAAAAUCUCUAAUUCAUAUUGAAUUCAUUCACUGCAUUCCAAAAUUGUUUGAGGGGUUUGGGUGAUAACAGUGUUAAAAUGGUUCUGCAUUUUCUAGGACAAAUCUGUUGCUUUUCAAGGUUUCUUCGAGAGAUGCAGGCUGUACAUUUCUAAUCAUCAGUAACUAUUUUGCUUUUAAACUUUCUUAUCUCAAUACUGACUAAAUGAUUUGGAAUAUGAGGAGACAAGGGAGCAAGCUUGCAUACUACAGUAAUUUUUUAUACUUUACCUUCAUCUAUUUAUGAAUUUGUUAUGAGAAGUCUUUUUAAACAUGAAACCUGCUUUUGUUGUGAAUUUUAGCAACGUAGUGGAUACAUUGUACUGUGUAUCAUUAAAAAAGGUUUAAUUAAAGUAAACAUUUGGCAA